CUCUCCGACAGGCAUCAUUUCCACACCAGACAAAUCGUCCUCGUCGACCUCUGUCAAAAUGUCCACCGCCGAACUCGCUACCUCCUACGCGGCCCUCAUCCUUGCCGAUGACGGCGUCGACAUCACUGCCGACAAGCUCCAGACUUUGAUCAGUGCCGCAAAGGUCGAGGGUGUUGAGCCGAUAUGGACUACCCUUUUCGCCAAGGCUCUUGAGGGCAAGGACAUCAAGGAUCUCCUCCUGAACGUUGGCUCUGGCGGAGGUGCCGCACCCGCGGCCGCUGGUGGUGCUGCUGCAGGCGGUGCCGAGGCUGGUGGCGCCGCUGAGGAGAAGAAGGAGGAGAAGGAGGAGGAGAAGGAGGAGUCAGACGAGGACAUGGGCUUCGGUCUGUUCGACUAGAUAUCCUUCUUCGCCGUUUCCUUUCUCGUUUGCCUUUGUCGGGUUUUCAUCAACGGAUCAGCGGUCGGACCAAUGCAUAUUACCAUUCUCAGGCCCGGUCACCGGCUGUCCGUGGCGCUGUCUGCAUAAUCUGCUUCUGCGGAGGAUACAUCGGAGGCGUCAUGAGAUAUAUGAAUGGAAGGCAGGUUAUGAAUGAAAAGCGUCAAAAGUGCAUACACAUUCCGGCCACCCGGCUUGCUGUGGUGAUAUGAGUCGACAAGCUCUCUACAGACUCGGAAAUCAGGCCUCUAGCUAAUCUUGGCUCGGGGAUGCAUACGUUCUUGAUUACGGGCUUGAUAGCGGACUCUCACGACGCAUGUGUUGCAACACCGAUGCCUGUCGCGCGAGAUUUUACACCACUCCUUCGACCAGCACCGAC